CCACCAUGAAGGCAGCCGGUGUGUUUCUGCUCUUUGCUCUAGCCCUUUGCUGCAUCACAGCUACUGUUGCACAGCAGGAAUACUGCCGUGGCUUCUUGGUUCCCAGACCCAUGUGUACUAUGGAGUACAACCCACACUGCGGCUCCGAUGGUGUAACAUAUGCCAACAAAUGCAUGUUCUGCAACGCGUUCCUGAGAAGCCGUCGGACUCUUCGCCUGAGAGCUCUUUCAGCAUGUUAACUUCUCAUUCAGCCUUCAGUCUGUCCUGGCGAUGCUCCCCAUGGCAAAUGCUCCCCUAAAGCCUUGUCCCGAAGCUCAAGAGUU